AUGACCUUCGAGCUGCGUACGCUAAAACAAUAUCAUCUCGAACCAGUCUGUGCGUCAGCUAAUUCCUCCAGGGCCCUGCGCAUCAUUUCGGAACGUUCUACCAAGGGAGAUACCCGUGACUUGCUAUUGGAGGAACUUGCAUCCAGGAACAAAGUUCAACAGCGGCGAGCUCUGAAUGCAUUGAACUUUUUGGUUUCCAACCGAGCCCGUAUGCUACAAACCCGCUUUAUUUUCACAGUACAUGGAUGUUCAUACUAUUCUGCAGUCACUCGAACCUCGAUUUGCUCUCGACUCGCCGACGUACCCACCUUUACCGCCAUCAUAAACUGCCUUUGCAACCUACUAGAAGAACACGUGGAGAAGACAUCUACGACUAAUUCGCCCAUUUUGCCCAAGACACGGCCAAUGGGAGAGAAGAAGGCUCUGAAUAUUCUGAAUGUCUUGUUGCCAGAGAACAUACCAGGCGCAUUGGAAGCGGGGAUCAUCAGCCGAUGGCUCUGCAGGUAUCCAUUCCCAUGUGCAAUAGCCGAGCCUUCUCGCCGGCGGGACGUGGUGAUCCUCAUGAAAACAUGGUGGUCGGAUGACGUAGUCAUGAGCUCAAUUUUCAGCUCGCUUUCCUCGCACCCGGAUGGGAUCAAGCAGCUGCGGAAACAUGGGCUGAUGGGCAGCAUGAUCGAAGAAAAUGACCAUGACGAUGAGGACGACGGGGACAGCGAUGUGUGGAUGGUAGAUGCGGAUGAGGCGGGUGGAUCUUUUGGACGAACUCCUUCACGUAGACUUCAGGAGGGGAGUCCCGAAGAGCAGGCACUUCGCCGACGUAGGAGAGAAGCUAUGGUUUUGAGCGACGGUGGACGGCCAAUUGGAAAUGACGACAUAAUCCAACGACCUAUUGAUUGA